AUGGUUGAUGGUGUUGGAGAAGUGGAUGGAGGGUCCAAGCGCAACCCUAAAAAUUCCCACCGUGCCGCUGCAAAAGUAAAAGUAAGAAAACUCCUCACACGUCUUGACAAAGAAGAGGCUGUGCUAAAAUUGGAGGGUAUGGAAUCUGGCUCUACCCGCGGGUCAGUUGUCAAUCAUGUGGUUAUUCAAAGUGAUGCUUCAAACGUACCAAAUACCGUAAAACUCAAUGGAUCAAAUUACCCUCUUUGGUCCAAAGUAUUAGAGAUGCAUAUUGCUGGGCGUGGAAAAAAAGGGUUCGUGACAGGGAGUAUUAAGGAGCCGAAUGAAGACAGUGCUGACUAUGAUGCUUGGGAGACUGAGAAUGCAAUUGUGAAACGAUGGUUGAUUAACUCCAUGGAUCCUAAUAUCAUGGGUUUUUUCAUUCAUCUUCGUACUGCUCAAGAAGUAUGGGAAGAAGUUGCCAGGAAGUAUUAUGAUGGAUCUGAUAUCUCUCAGAUUUAUGAAUUGAAGGUGAAGUAA